UCACAGUAGUGACGUUUCACGAUUUGCUUUGAGCGGAUUUUGGCUAGAAGGGAUUCAGCUUUUAUCAAAUUAACGUCAAAAGUUGAAAUGUUUUGCAUUUUAGUUAACCCUUCCCAUAACAUAAUUAUCCUACGUUAAUUAUCAUAACAUGCUGCGUAAAUUAUCUUAACCUGUUAGUACGAAAAGUCAAAUCUAACAAAAGCUGUAUCCCUUCUAGCCUUAACCGCUUUGAGCUUGUAGACCAGUUUGAGAAAGACUGGGGGAGAAUGGCUGCCAGUGGAGACGUAGGCAAGCUGUUACAAGUACAGAAUGUGACUCCUGCGAACACAACCUACAGUGGGGUUGAUGCCGUUCAUGCCUGUAACAUCCUCCAGCAGCUCAAAGCCUUGUAUGAUGAAGCACAGCUCACAGACAUUGUCGUUGAGGUGGACCAUGGCAAGACAUUUCCGUGUCACCGAAAUGUUCUUGCAGCAAUCAGCCCUUACUUUAGGUCCAUGUUCACCAGUGGCCUUACAGAGAGCAGCCAGAGGGAGGUGCGGCUCAUCGGGGUUGAGUCUGAGUCCAUGCACCUGGUCCUGGACUAUGCCUACACGUCCAGAGUCAUGCUGUCCGAGUCCAAUGUCCAGGCCCUGUUCACGGCAGCCAGCAUCUUCCAGAUCCCAGCCCUGCAGGACCAGUGUGCCCUGUUCAUGAUCAGCCGUCUGGACCCCCAGAACUGCACCGGGGUCUACAUGUUCGCAGACGCCUACGGCCACCAGUUGCUGAGGGAGCGCUCCCAGGACUACAUACGCAAGAAGUUUCUGUGUGUGGCAUGGGAGCAGGAGUUCCUCCAGCUCACCAAGGAGCAGCUGGUGAGCAUCCUGAACAACGAUGACCUGAACGUGGAGAAGGAAGAGCAUGUGUAUGAGAGCAUUGUGCGCUGGUUGGAGCACGACAGCCCUCGCAGGGAGACCCACCUGGCUGAGGUGUUUUCUCAAUGCAUCCGACUGCCCCUCCUGGAUGACUCUUUUCUCAGCCGCAUCCCGGCCCCUUUCGCCUGCGCCCUCUCUCUGUCCAGGGAACCUGCCGAAGCCAAGGCACGUCUCAACGGCUGCUCUCAGCGCCUGGGCAUGACCGCCUCCGAGAUGGUCAUCUGCUUUGACGCGGCACACAAACACUCAGGGAAGAAGCAGACCGUGCCUUGCCUGGACACUGCUGCUGGGAAGGUGUUCAAGCUCUGCAAGCCCCCCAAUGACCUGCGGGAGGUGGGCAUCCUGGUGUCAUCGGAGAACGACAUCUUCAUCGCUGGGGGCUAUCGCCCUAGCAACAGCGAGGUGUCCAUCGACCACCGGGCGGAGAGCGACUUCUGGCAAUACGAGCAUGCAGGGAACCGUUGGCUGGCGCGUUCGCCCAUGCUACGGGCCCGGAUCGGCUGCAGGCUGGUCCACUGCUGUGGGAAGCUGUACGCCCUGGGGGGCCGUGUGUACGAAGGGGAUGGAAGGAAUGCACUGAAGUCAGUGGAGUGCUACGAUGCCAGGGAUAACUGCUGGACUGCCGUCAGCCCCAUGCCUGUCGCCAUGGAGUUUCACAGCGCUGUGGAGUACAGAGACCACAUCUACAUCCUCCAAGGUGAGUACUUCUUCUGUUUUGACCCUCGCAAGGACUACUGGGGCCACCUGUCCCCCAUGAGUGUACCCCGGAGCCAGGGUCUGGUUGUCUUACACAAGAACUGCAUCUAUUACAUCGCUGGCAUCUGCAGGAACCACCAGCGCACCUUCACCAUGGAGGUCUAUGACAUAGAGCAGAACACCUGGGCCCGCAAGAGGGACCUUCCCUUCGACCAGGCCACCAGCCCCUACAUCAAGGCUCUGCUCCUCCAGGGCAAGCUGCACCUGUUUGUCCGAGCCACGCAGGUCAUGGUGGAGGAACACGUGUUCCGUACCAGCAGGAAGAACUCCCUCUACCAGUAUGACGACGAGGCGGAUGCUUGGACCAAAGUCUACGAGACGCCUGACCGCCUCUGGGACCUGGGCCGCCAUUUUGAAUGUGUGGUGGCCAAACUGUACCCGCAGUGUCUUCAGAAAGUGCUCUGAGAAGGCCUUGGUGAAUGGGUGGCAGGUAGCCUAGCGGUUAGGACAUUGGGCCAGUAACCGAAAGGUUGCUGGUUCAAAUACCCGAGCCGGCAAGGUGAAAAUCUCUGUGCCCUUGAGCAAGGCACUUAACCUUAAUUUGCUCCAGCGGCGCUGUACUGAUAAGGCUGAUCCUGUAAAACAUCACAUUUCACUGGACCUAUCUGGUGUAUGUGACAAAUAUUUAUUGGGUUGAACCCAUCCGGGAGGAGGGAGCGUGAGGUCCUGCUUGUCUUGUGCCUGAUGCUGUCCUGUUUUGCACCACAAGGGCAGUUAAGAGUUUAGUCUUAAAGCAUUAAAAUAUAAGGUUUAACACGAUCAAAUGGGGGUGCUUUCAAAAGAUUGCAGUAUUUGUGUUUUUUUUCUUCCACUCCGCACCAAAUACCCAAACUGAUGCUUGUUUUACAGCCCAAUGAAUUAUAAGUGCAAUUAUUAUGUUUGCUUGUUGUUGAGCCAUUUUGUUCCAUUUAAUCUUAAAAGCAUAUAUAGGUUAACAUUUUUACAAUUGAUUGACAUGCAGUUGAUGGAUCAGAUGAAGUACCCUCUAGUUAUGGAACCGCGACAUGUUAGCAUAAAGUGAAAAUUAUAUAUAUAUAUAAAUCAUAAAAAUUUUAUAUAUAUAUAUUCAUACGGGUAAGAUGAGCAGUGUUGCUCAUUUGUAGGUUGUUAGCUCAGAUUGAGGGUUUUUUGUGUCUGACUUUUGUAUUGAUUUGAAUGAUGAUUGCUCCCUACAGGAAGUUCGUCUUUGUGGAAGUGUUUUAGUUGUGUAUGAAGUGUGCUCGUGAUUUAGAUCAAUUUAGUAUUAUUGCCAUGUGUGAUCGGUAUGAUGCUAUAUUCUGAAACGAAUACUUUGCUUUCAAGAGAAGGCCUAAGUUGUCAACCAAUGUGCUAUUUGGCUUCGUUGCAGUUGGAUUUAUACUUUUUCAAUUUGUAGACUAAUGCAAUGGACUCUCAGAGCUGGCAUCCAUUUUGCUGCAACGAGUUUCACAUGCCAAGACAACUUAAGAGAAGUUAGACGAUUCACUCUCCACAUUGGAGAAACAAGUCAGAUGUGUGGUUGGCCAAGAUAAGUGCGACAUUUCGAACCAGGCAACAGUUUGCUUUGAUAGCAACUUAACAGAAGUCAGAUAAGGAAUGAAGGGACAUGGUUCAGGCUGAUGUAUUGAUUUGGCCAAAGUGUGGGCAGCUCGCUGCAGAAUAGUCUUUUCUGCCGUAUUUUUUUUUCAGCAUGUCUGGUAUUCAUUACAAUCUGCUUUAAAAAAGUGUUUGGGUUAACCUACCUCUUAAAUGCCAAAAUGCAUUUAAGAACUUGUUUUGGUUAAUCUGAAAAGUUGAUGGAGUUUCAAGUAGCUAUAACUAAGGAAACUUUGAUACAAUUAGGUAGGACUGGGACGAUACCAGUAUCGCGAUACUUCUUAGUAUUGUGGCAAGGAAACAAAACAUGAAGCAGAUUUAACUUCUUUAGGAUAACAGUCCUAAAGUUGGAAACAUACCUCAUUAUGUUAUCCGGAGUCGCCUUUAUUUAUUUUCCAAACUAUAGCACAAUAUUUUACAUACAGCAGGUUUUUAAAGGGCCAAAGCAGGUGGUCUGCUUCGUGUUUUCAUUUUUGCCAUUGAUAAAAUAUUGCAAUGCUGGUAUCGUCACAGCCCUACAUUUAGGUUUACGCCCGUUGAAGUGCAUUACAUUUUGUUUCCAAGCCUAAUUUGGGUACUUACCUUUGCUCGUUGAAAUGUUUCAAUGUUUGCCUGUGUGGCUGGCUGCUGUACAGUAGUUGUCUGAGGAGGAGUAAAGUAGAGAUUGUUGGUGUGUAAUUUAGUGCAGAUCCCAAGGGGGAUGUCAUUGUGCCUAUGGGUGGGUGGGGGCAUCCAGAUAGUAUUCCUGUGUGUUUAGCCUGGCGAGGUAGUCUGUCUCAAGUCUUAUUUAUCAUUGCACUGAAUCACUCUUCAACGGUCCGUCACUGCAAACUUGACCAAGCAGCACCCACCUGGACAGAGCAUUACCACAGAGAGCUUAUUUUCUACAUGAAUCCAUCUGUAUGCUAUGACAUUGAGAAUAACUAACUAUUGGUGCUGCUUUUUUGAUGUUCUUGUAUAUAUUAAAUAAGUAACAGCAAUUGAUUGACGUUCCCUAUGGAACUAUAACAAAUUCAAUGACGUCAAUUUCCUCAUGCAGGUUCCUGUGUCAUCUUUGCACUACAUAUGAUCAUUUAUUUGAUCUCAUAUUUAAAGCAUUUCCCCAAAAUAUAUCAUUAACCACAAAGCAAUCUUGGGAAAUGCAGUUCUGUCUUCACAGAAUUUGAAAUGGAGAGUAGUAUGGAAACGUUCUGUUUGUAGCUGUGGACAUGAACUUUUGAAAAGAAAAAUAGUGCACAUCACUUGGCACUGGUUUGCUCUGGCCAGAGCAGUGCCCUCCAUGGGUGAGGAAGGAGAAAAGGGGUUUCCCCAAAUGCCUAAAAACUCAGUCACAUGGGAACCAGGAAUGGACAACUCAGGAUUUCUAUUGAUAAACAGUACUGUAUUUAAAUGUCUUGUUUCAUGUGUAAUAUACAUUUGCUGUACUUGCACAGUUUUUUACAACUUUUUUUAUUUUAUAACUUGAAAAGUAGAAAUGUUAUUUUCAAUGGCUGUUUUUCCAUUUUCUAUGUUUAGUUAUAGUAGAGCGAUUCUGUUCUGUAUCCCACACAAGAUGAAUAUCUGCUCAUAAAUGUAAAUAUUCUCAGUUUUGCUUUACCAAAACUUCACAAUAAGCAUAUCUGUAAGUCCAAUGUUACAUGAUCUCCAACACAUCAGUUUUGUGAAAUACUUAAAGCGUACAACGAAUCAGCCAGUCAAUGUGCUUUCUGUGCAAAAGAUAUAGUUGGCCUUGUGUGGCCAUGCUCAAACUCAUUCAAGCCCUGUAUGUAUGCAUCCUGCAUGGAUGGCUACUACCAGUGGAAUCUUACUGCUUUUCUUUUUGUUUGCUGGUUUGUCUGUGUAGUAUGGGGAAUAGUGGUGGUUGAGCUCAACUGUGAAAUUCACAUUGCACAUCAUUUGAGAAUAAAAUGACAAGUGAAACCAUA